AACACUACUCAGUGUUGUGAAACACAACACAACCGAAACAAGCGCAGCGAUUUUGCAAUCCGCAGAAAAGACUUAUAAAUAAAUUGUUUAUUUAUGCGGAUGGCCAGCGAACUGAGGACCUAAGAUGGGCUACGACGUGAAUCGCUUUCAGGGGGAGGUGGACGAGGAGCUCACCUGUCCCAUCUGCUCGGGAGUGCUGGAGGAUCCGCUGCAGGCCGUGAUGUGUGAGCACGCCUUCUGUCGCGGAUGUAUUAAUGAGUGGCUAACCCGCCAGCCCACAUGUCCAGUGGAUCGCAACGCCCUCACGACCGCCAAUCUGCGCGCAGUGCCUCGCAUAUUGCGCAACCUACUGUCCAGACUGUCAAUUACCUGUGACAAUGCGCCCUACGGCUGCACGGCUGUCCUAAAGCUGGAUGCCUACAACUCCCAUCUGGAGGAGUGCAUCCACAAUCCGAAGCGCCCGUUUCCCUGCGAGAAGGGCUGCGGCUUCGACAUACCCAAGGACGAGCUGAAGGAUCACAACUGCGUCCGGGAGCUGCGCACUUUGAUCGUCAAGCAGACGGAGAAGAUGGGCGAGCUGAAAUCGGAGCUAACCGACCAGCAGCUAACCAUCAACGAACUGAAGCGGGAAUUGCAGCUAUUCAAGGACUUUAUGCGUGCCAUGCGCGUCUCCAAUCCUGCGAUGCGGGCCAUAGCCGACCAGAUGGAGCGCGACGAGGUGAUCCGCUGGAGCAGCACACUGCCGCGGGCCAGGGUCACGCGCUGGGGGGGAAUGAUCUCUACGCCCGACGACGCCCUGCAGCUCAUGAUCAAGCGCGCUCUGUCCGAGUCGGGUUGUCCGCCACACAUCCUGGAUAGUCUUAUGGAGUUCUGCCACGAGCGACGUUGGCCACGCGGCCUCAGUUCGCUGGAGACGCGACAGACCAACCGUAGAAUCUACGACAACUACGUGUGUCGACGCAUUCCAGGCAAGCAAGCUGUGCUCGUUCUGAGCUGCGAUAACCUUCACAUGACUGAGGACGUCAUGAUCGAUCCUGGCCUGGUCAUGAUCUUCGCCCAUGGCAUCGAGUAAGCACCCAGACGCUGCUUAACAACUUAUCCUAGGUUAACUGCUAACUAUCUCGAACAGUGCUCAGUUUUGUUGAUUCCUUAACUUAAGUCUAAGAAUUUAAAGCAAUAGCAUAAGGAAAUGCUCGCAAAACGAACCAUUCAAGCGCCUCAUGACGACUUUCAAGUUGUACAAAAAUUUAUACAUUUAUUUCGCAUCAUUGUUUUAUUUUCCAUUUAGUUCGUAUUUCGCAUAUUCCAUUAAAAGUCGCAUACCCAAUAUUAGAUGUUUGAUUAAGCGAUCUCAACAAAUGCCCCUUUGUUAUCGUUCACUUGAGUCUCAUUUUGAUGGAAGUGAGUGUCUUAAUUCGUGUUUCAAUUCUCCAAAUUCUGAAAUAUUUGUCAAUACUUUUAGAAUAAAUGUGGAACAAGUAAUAAAAAAAGGUAUUUAACUUACGUAUAUCAUACAA